GUAGCGAAAGUAGCCAUGUUUUACUCUGGCAGUGGGUAACCUUCGUUGUUUUAACUUGAUUUUCAAAUUUUCUCCGUUUUGAAAAUUUGAAUUUAUCACAAUGUCUCGUCAAUCGACUGUUCGUGCCGACAAUAGAAAAGUGAGUGCAGAGCUGUUUGUCCUGACACACGGAGCACUUGUAGCACAGCUGGUUAAAGACUAUGAGAGUGAUGAAGAAGUGAACAAGCAGCUUGACAAAAUGGGUUAUAAUAUUGGCGUGCGAUUAGUAGAGGACUUCUUGGCAAGAUCCAAUGUUGGAAGGUGUCAUGACUUUCGAGAAACUGCCGAUGUUAUUGCCAAGUUGGGAUUUAAAAUGUUCUUGGGUAUUUCACCAGUGGUAACAAAUUGGAGUGCAGCAUCAGAUGAAUUUUCCUUAAUACUAGACAACAAUCCCAUGGCAGAGUUUGCUGAGUUGCCAGAAGGACAUGAAGGACUUCUUUUCUCCAACAUACUGUGUGGUGUCCUGAGGGGAGCCCUUGAAAUGGUACAAAUGGAAGUUGAUGUUUGGUUUGUUCAUGAUUCGUUAAGAGGCGACGAGACAACAGAAAUUAGACUCAAGUUUAUAAAGAAGUUAGAAGAUGCUCUCCCCGCUGGCGAGGACUAAUACUACAUUUAUACCAUGUAUAACACUCUGUAUAGGAGAUAUUUUAAACGAAAAACUCAAACAACGAUUGUCUGCUACUGAAAUGUUAUGCAAUCCUACAUUUAUUAGUAGGCUUUGCGUGUUGUCACGGAUGAUGCAAAAUUUCGGAUAGGUAAUUUUAAUGACUUUCUUUGAACCAAUGUCGAGUUGAUCGUUGAAAUAUCGAGAAGUUUUUGGAAAACCGAAGGAACUGAAGUCGUCAUUUACUUAUGACUUGAUGAGCUAUUUUGGUGUUUAAUUGUAAACUAUGUUUAUCACUCAACAUUCAAUACAUCAGAAAACAUCUCAUUUCUCCUUUAAAACACGUAAAAAAUUCUUUGAUGAAAUAGAUGAAGGAAUACUUGGGUUAUUUUAAAUUAUUGUGGUUAAAUAUAAAUGUUCUUUUAGAAAUCAACUUAUUGUUGUGAGCAGACGAGGAAAAAAAAACACUCUAGAAACAACUCGUUAAGGCCUCUUAGGCGCUUUCUAGUAGUGAAGAAUUUUCCACGACGUCACUAUUGCGUGCUGUAAUACAUAUGACAUUAAAUUUUAAAUAGCUUUGCAGGAUA